AUGGCGAAGCAAAACCACAGUCGGAGCAAAUCGAAAAAUGCAGAGAAGAUUGGGAAGGGAAAGGUCACUCCCGUCCAGGUUGCAUUCAUCGUUGACCGUUACCUCCUCGAUAAUAACUUCAACAAAACCCGCACCAUUUUCCGAUCCGAAGCCGCAAAUCUCCUCUCCAAAUCCCCCGUUCAAGAGGCUCCGAAAAGUCUUUUGAGUUUGGGGGCGAUGUUGGAUGAGUACAUAAGUCUGAAGGAACUGAAGGUGAGUUUGGAGCAGGAACGGUACCGUAUGGAGCAAGAUAAAUUGAGGGUUGAUAAUCUUCUCAAGGGAUUACAAGAUGCCAUGAAUGGGUUUAACGCCACCGCUCACUUGGUUACACCUCAGCCCCUUAUUCACCCUCCGCCGGCGCCGCCACCGCCGCCCCACUCUGUCAAUUCUGGGAUUACGGCCUCACCGGGUUAUUAUUCUGUAUACGGUUCCCCAGCAAUGAUCUCUACAUUUAAGCCCUCUUACUCUGGGGUAGAUACUACCAGUGCACCAAGUCAGACUACUAAUAGUAUAGCGCUGAAAAGAAAGCCUUCUGCCAAUCCUUUGGAUGCUACCCACAUUGCGAGGAAAUCUCGCAAAAGUUCAACUAGCACCAACCAAUUGCUAUCUAAAGGUGCUACUGCACAUUCGCAGCCAACCAAGGGAGACAAUCAAGUGAUUUUGAUAUCUGAAGGAAACUCUGCAGACCAGUCUUUAGUUCAUCAUUCUCAAGUAUCUAAUGGAUCUAAUCCUGUUCAAACUUCAAAUGUGGUCAAAUGUUUGUUUACCAAGCCCGAUAAAUCCUCUCCCCAUAAUUCAUCUGACCCUAAAACACCUCCCCUGCAAUCAUCCUCUGAUGCUGAAAGAACUGCUUCCCCGGUGGCAAUGUGUUCAACUGCAGGUUCUAGCAAAGAUGUAACCCCUCAACAGAUAACUUCCACAAACUGCACCAUUAUAUCCUCUGAAACAAUUCGAGUUAGCCCAGAAAAGCAAAUAUCCUACUAUUCCAUUGCAAGAAACCAACAGAUAACUGCCUCCCCAGCUAAAGCAAACUUGAAAAAGCCAAACAGGAGGGAUCAUGUCAAGGGAAGGCUGGACUUUGAUGCCCCUGAAAUGCUCAAGAGUUCUGAAACACCAGCAUCGAAUGAGAUUUCAGCAUCUGGAUGUGCCAAGGAAGUUGAUGACAUCCUUGACUUGGAGGAUUUCCCAAAUUUGGAUAUGUUAGGAAGUCUUAACCUUUCUGAACUACUAAGCGAUUUUGAUCUAGCUGAUGAGGGAACUAGUUGUUCUAGUCAGCCAAGUGGAGAUUCCUCUCCGGAUUCCAGCUCGUGGUCUCCGCAACAAUCAUUGGAAGUUUGUAGAGGUGCUAACCAAGUAUAUUCCCAGCUUUCCUCAACAGUAACAGAAAUUAUUUCAGAAAAGGACAUGACUUCAUCAGGUUCGGAUCCUGUUACUACUGUCAAAUCUAUAACCAAAACUAUCAAGAUCUUAAGUCCUGAUACUAAAGGAACCAGAUGGUUUGAUACUAAUAUAUAA